AAAUUUAUCAUUCUAUAUUUAUUUAUUGUGUCAAAACUUAUGGAAACUUUAGUUUACACUUCAAAAAUUGAAAAUAAAUAUAUUUUUUUUAGAUAAUAAUUAAAAAUAAAUGGCAAGUUCAUCUUUAGAUCUAACUCAAUGUUGCAUUGGAAAAAAAUUAAAUGAAAAUUGUCAUGAAGGAAAAUUUACCAAAAUCAAGAAAAUUAAAUUUUUUGAGGAAUUAACAAAAAAAGAUCAAGAGCUUGUGCACUUAAGAUGUAAACUAAAUCCUAUUAAAACUAUCUGUAAUGAAAAGAUCUUCUUGGAUAGAUUUGAAUCAUUGUAUGUUGGAAGCUUUUGUUGCGAUCCUUUUAACAAACACAAAAUUAAAAUUAAAAAAUCUGUCAGAGUAAUCAGUGCUGCUGUUGCAAAGGAAUUUGAUUUAAUACCUGGUUCUAAGCUUUGUACUGAAUGUCGUAAAAUAUUGCACUUAAGAAAACAAGAACAUGAAAGCGAUUCAUGUAAAAAUCAAGAUAACAAUUUUAACGGGAUUCAUAUUUCAAAAGAAAACUUUAAUUUAAGCAUUAACACCUUUGGCUGUUCACCUCUAAAACUAGUAGCUUAUAAAAACAGAGUCAGCUAUGCAAAAAGAAAGAUUAACAAGAUCCAUACUGCAACCAAAAAGAAAAUAGCAACUGUUUUAGAUGUUUCUCCGGAUUUAAUAAAUGAUGAACCAAAAAUAAAAGAACUUUGUUGCAAAAGUAAGCAAGAUUUGGACUAAUUAAUGGAAUUAAUUAAAGCAAGGUUUGAUAUUUCUUCAAAACCAGAAAAACUUAAAUUGCUAACUUUGGUUCCUGAGAGUUGGAACAUUAACUAUACAGGAAACUAUUUUUCUGUCUCCCAAAGAAUGAUAAAAACUGCAAGGCAUUUAAAACAAAUGCAUGGCAUAAUGGCGGAGCCGUCUAAAAAAGAAGGAAGAUCUAUUAGUGAGAAAAUAAAAAAUCUAGUCCAUGAAUUUUACCAAUCAGAUGAAUAUUCUAGAAUGUGUCCAGGAAAAAAACAGUAUGUCUCAAUCCAAGUUGAUGGUAAAAGACAACAUUUUCAAAAAAGACUGCUAUUACUUAAUAUAAAAGAACUUUAUUUAGAGUUUGUUAAAAUUUCCUUAGAUGUCAAGAUUGGAUUUUCUAAGUUUUGUGAACUUAGACCAAAGUGGUGUAUUCCUGUUGGAGGUGCUUCAGGUCUCCACUCAGUAUGCGUUUGUGAGUACCACCAGAAUGCCAAACUUUUAGCAUUAAAAAUACCAGAUAUUUCAGACUAUAAAAAUCUCUUGACAUUAGUUGUAUGUGACUUAACAAAUCGAGACUGCAUGCUGCAUUGUUGUGAUAACUGCCCAGAUAAUGACACACUUAAAGAGUAUCUUACUACUUUGUUUGAUAAACAUAGCAUUGAAGAAAUUAACUUUAAUCAGUGGCAAAAAGCUAACAAAAAACAUGAUAUAGUUCCGGUAACUCUUCCAGUGGACGAUUUUAUU